AUUUUUAGUAAUGAGAUGCUGACUAGCAUUUGUGUCUCUAGAGAAGAAGAGGAACGUCUGAGAAAUAAGAUCCGAGCAGAUCAUGAAAAGGCUCUGGAAGAGGCUAAGGAGAAAUUGAAGAAAUCACGUGAUGAGAUACAAGCUGAGAUUCAGACAGAAAAGAACAAAGUAGUGCAAGAGUUGAAAAAGAAAGACAGCAAGCCACUGCCCCCUGUUCCUUUACCAAAUCUUAUAGGGAUAAACAGUGGAGAACCAGCAGACCCGGAUAUUCGAGAGAAGAGGAACAAAAUUAAAGAGAUGAUGAAGCAUGCCUGGGACAAUUAUAGGCAAUAUGGAUGGGGACAUAAUGAGCUCAAACCAAUUGCCAGGAAAGGACAUUCCACCAACAUAUUUGGAAACUCACAAAUGGGUGCUACCAUAGUAGAUGCACUGGAUACUCUUUAUAUCAUGGGGCUUCAUGAUGAAUUCAGAGAAGGACAAGAGUGGAUUGACAAAAAUCUUGAUUUCAGCGUGAAUUCUGAAGUGUCUGUAUUUGAGGUCAAUAUUCGCUUCAUUGGUGGUCUUCUAGCAGCAUACUACCUUUCAGGCCAAGAGGUUUUCAAGAUCAAAGCAGUGCAGCUGGCAGGAAAACUUCUUCCAGCCUUCAACACGCCUACAGGUAUACCAUGGGCCAUGGUGAAUCUGAAAAGUGGAGUGGGUCGAAACUGGGGCUGGGCUUCUGCAGGAAGCAGCAUCCUUGCUGAGUUUGGUACUCUACAUAUGGAAUUUGUCCACCUCAGCUAUUUGACAGGGGACCCUGUGUAUUACAACAAGGUCAUGCACAUUCGGAAGUUACUUCAAAAAAUGGAUCGUCCUAAUGGACUUUAUCCAAAUUAUUUGAAUCCAAGAACAGGCCGAUGGGGUCAGCAUCAUACAUCCGUGGGCGGGCUGGGAGACAGUUUUUAUGAAUAUUUAUUGAAAGCCUGGCUUAUGUCAGACAAGAUGGACACAGAAGCAAGGAAAAUGUACGACGAUGCAAUUGAGGCCAUAGAAAAACAUCUCAUCAGAAAGUCCAAUGGAGGACUGACCUUCAUUGGGGAGUGGAAGAAUGGGCACCUUGAAAGAAAGAUGGGCCAUUUGACCUGUUUUGCAGGGGGAAUGUUUGCCCUUGGAGCAGAUGGUUCCCGAGAUGACAAAGCUGGACAUUACUUGCAGCUUGGAGCUGAAAUUGCACAUACUUGUCAUGAAUCAUAUGACAGAACAACAUUAAAGCUGGGUCCAGAAGCAUUCAAAUUUGACGGUGGUGUAGAGGCAGUGGCAGUGCGGCAGAACGAGAAGUACUACAUCCUAAGACCAGAGGUGAUUGAGACCUACUGGUAUAUGUGGAGAUUCACCCACGAUCCCAAGUACAGGCAGUGGGGCUGGGAGGCGACACAGGCCAUCGACAAGUAUUGCCGAGUCAGUGGUGGCUUUUCUGGUGUCAAGGAUGUCUAUUCCUCAUCUCCUACAUAUGAUGAUGUACAGCAGAGCUUUUUCCUUGCUGAAACUUUGAAGUAUUUGUAUCUGCUUUUCUCCAAUGAUGACCUUCUCCCGUUAGACAACUGGGUUUUUAACACAGAAGCUCAUCCUCUGCCUGUUUUACAUUUAGCAAACACCACACUUUCAGGAAACCCUGCUUAUCGAUAAAAUCAGCUCUAAGAAGAGGAAGAAAGACUUUUCAGCUCUGUUUUGUUUACAUGGACCACUUGAAACUUUAAGCAGGAGAGGAGAAAGACACUUGAUAAAUCCAGACCUCCGAGUCAAGUACAGACGUGAGAAACAAAGCCCUUCAACAUAUAGAUAAGUAAAACUGAAAAAAAGUUCUGUUUUAUAUAUGACCAAAACACAUUAGUGUGGUAUUUGCAGGACAGAGACUUCACGUGCUUUGAACCCUCACAAGAGAUGGAAUCUACUGUUUAAUAUAAAUGCAACAGUGUAAGGAAGAAGAGGUUUUCCUGUUCAGCAACAGAAACUUGCUGCUGCUGUUGUUGGCUGUUGCAAGGAACAGUAGACCAGUCACCUCUUCAAAUCGGGUGGGUUCCAAAUACUUAGAUUUUUUUUUCUUUUCUUUUUUGUUUGUUUGAUGAUGGCAUGAACAAAGCAACAAAAAAAAAAGCAACAUCACUGCACCAGCAGCAUCAGGAUUUGAAUUUUUUUUCUGUACCUGUCUGAAUUUUCUAAGGAUCAUCAGUUUGUCCAGACUGGCAGCCAUUCUCAGUGCCUCUAAACCAUUAAAACUAAACUAUAAAAACUAUUGCCUCCUCAUUUCCCUUUUCAAAACAGUGUUGAAAGCUCUGUGUUGUAUGCUCACAUCCAAAAAACAGUCAGUAAGCAUUUGGUUUGUAGUUAAUUGUCAGCAACAUUAGCUUAGUUCAUUUGGCAUGCUACAGUCACAAAGUGUUGAGCGUAUUGCAGGGGUAGAUAGGAGCCAAAGUUUCACUUCCUCACAGAUUCUGUCACAUGGAAAGUCUACAUUCUCUUAUUUUUUCUUAUUUCUUCUAGCCAAAUAUACAGAGGUAACAACAUGAGAAAAGCAGUCUGUCAUGACUUAUAUAGCAGGGUAUAGUAUAUGGCAUUUAAAAGUGCUCCCCUUCUGCUAAGCAGCAGGAGCUUGUUGCUUUAUGUUUUUCCACACAGUCCAGAUUUUUCCUAAAAAUUAACUUCCUUCUUUGGAUACUAUUCACAGAACCUUAUUUGCAGCUUUGAAAUCCUGACUUAUUUUAUUUCUGCAUGGGACAGAAACCUAAAACUGCCUUUGAUUUAGUUUACGAAACUCCUUUUCUUCUGCUCCAGUGCAAAGCCAACAUGAUUGUUUUUGGAAAUGACAUAACAUCUGAACAUGACAUAACAUAUGAAUGGAAAAAGAAACUGUAGAGUCCCUUCUUCCUUUAGUUUAUGAGAAAUGAGAUGCUGUUACCUGCAUGUUUUUUUCUUGAGUACUCCUAGUCUGGCAUAGUCCAAAUACUUUGAAAUUAGGCAGGACAAUAUCAGUUAAGUGGAGUCUGUUUCAGUCUUCACAUACAAUUUUUGCUAAAAGAAAUUUAGCCUUUUCAAGUUUCUCUUCAUUGCUUUUUUUUUUUUUUUUUUUCUGUUCCAGAAUCCUUACAGCUCACAUGAUUUCUUUUAUUCCCCUUUUAGCUCUCAAAUCCUUUUGCCAUGGUGACUGGCACCUUUGCUGAAAAAGAGCUGUGAAGUGCUUCUUCCCCUCCUAAUUAGUGCACAGGUUGAAUCUUUCAAAAGUCUUGAUUGCGUUUUUGAACUGAAGUGAGUGGAAGAACUCUCUUCAGUAAGCUACAGAAGUACAGCAUCAAGUCUAAAGGCACUAAGUGCUAUUUCUCCCCCUCAAAAAUGCUUAUAUAUGAAGUUUUAUAUAUAAAAGCUUUUUCUCUACAUCAAAUUGUAAUAUAUCUGACUGUACUUUAAAGUAGGAUUUCCCCUAUAAAAUUUUCCUUCACUCCUCUUUGAUACUAAUUUAGACAUUGCAUUUUUUCUUUGGUCGAGUGAUGAUUUCUAUCAGAUGCUUUUCUCCAGACUGUUCCUUUAGUUUAAGAGAAGGAAGACAAAGCUUGGAAAACAUUUCAAUCUCAACAUUUUUGCCUUAAUACCAAUUAUUGAGUUACUGUAAUUGGCAGCAGUAUCUUAAAAAUAAUUUAAGAUCUGAUAAAGCAAUUGAUGUACAUAAUACUGUUUCAAGUAAUUGUUUAUUUAAAAUUAGAAAUAACUGGAAGUAAAUGGAAUCUUCUUACUGGUCUGCUAUUUUUUCUAGUUGAGUAUUCAAUGAGUUACUGAAGAGCUAGUCAUUUUCCAUUUUAUUCAGAUAUGUUAUGUUUUCAAAUAGAGUUUUUCCCAUCCCGUUAGAACUGUUAUGAGUUUAAAACUGCACUAGAUUGACUUGUUCUCCUAAAUCUCUCUGAGUACAAAGGAGAAAGAUGAAAAACAAACUACUCUGUUUAAAAAAAAAAAGAAAGAAAAAAAAGGAAAAAAAAAAGAAAAGAAAAGGCACUUUCCCCCCUAGCCCAUCCCCAUAAACUUCCUAAUAAAUGUAGAUGUAGAAUGGCUGCCAGUCUGUUCAGAGAAACAUCAAGGACAGAAUUUUGGAGUCACAGAAACAGCAAACUUGUUAUUGUGUUUUCUGCUCUUCCACACCCCUCUUUUGAAUUAAAGAGCAACUAUUCACAUUAAUUCCUCCAUGAAUCCCAAUGGGUUAACUCACUGCCACAAGAAUGCUUGAAUUGAGGACCUAAGCCAUUUCAUGUUAUGGGAUGGUGUUUUUCUCAAAGCAUAUGUACAGUACUGCUAUUUCUUCUUUGUGUAGACAAGCAGCAGGUACCAAAUAAAGGACACUUGUUUCUCAUUUUCCAGUUAGCCCAACGGUUGUCAAUUUCUACUCUAUCACUCUAAAAGACAAACUGUUGUUUUCCUACAGAAGCUACUGAUCUUCAUAGUCUAUCCAAAAUAAUGUGUUUUAUGGACUAAUUGCUGUGUCAUUCAUGAAUCUCUCCAUCCUGAGAUUUCCUAGAGCAAGCUGAAAGUUUGGAGGUAAUGGGUUUUGAGCGAGGUGUGUGUAGUAACCAAGCAUGGAUAAUGAAACUUCUGAUUGAAGUGACAUGUCCUCAUUCAGAGUCCUUCACAAAGAAGUAGGUUUUGAUCUGCAGAAUGGAGUUAUGUGCAAUCCACAGUUCAGACUGUUUUCCCUCUGGGUACAAAAGGUACAGUAGAAUAUUGUCACUUUCAUUCUGUUGCUGCUGUCUUAUAUACUUUCAUGAAGAGUGUAAAUUUAAGCACAAUGAAUUUUUAGUGCUAGUUGUUUCUGAGUCUUGCACUGUAUUCUCUAACAAAACAAUCCUCAUUUUCUUUAGGUAGGUGUCCCAUUUAGCAAUUUCUACAAUACCGUCUCCUCUUACAGGAUGAAGUAAAGAACAGAAAAUCAUGUACAUUAUUGGCACACUGGAUUUGGGCAAGAGCCGGGAAAUCCCAGAAUUGUCUAUUUCCUGUAUGCAUGCAGUCAAAACAAAGAUAUUCAGUUCUUUUCCUAAUCCAAGCCUCAAGCUUGCCUGAUAUGCUAGCAGUAAAUUUUUUUCUAACACUUUACAGCCUGACAGAAGCCAAAUUUCUGCACUGAUCACCUUGGAGCUGUGUGUGUCCUACAGUCAAGAAGUCAGCGUCUUAGCUUUGUCCUCUAACUAAAAAGAAAACCCUUGAAUGAUGUUCUGGGUGUUCAUUUUGCUGCACAACUAAAUGCUUAAAAGGCAUAUGCAAGAUUCUAAAUACCCUGGAGUAAAGGGGAAAGCAGAUAGUACAGUUCUGGGCGCCAGUCACACCUUUGAGACUCCUUUAGCUCCUUACUACAAAUUUGUGAAUAGCUGUCUUCUAUCUUCCAGUCAUUGAAAUAUACUUACGCAGUAUUUUAAAAGAUUUGAAUACUGAGUAACUGGAACUUUAAAAAGUGAAAGCAAUUACAUGUUCCCUGUAAUACCAUCUUGUAAGAUUAAAAGUAUACCUUGUUUUGGUUUAUUCCUAAGCAAGGUUCUAUUGGGCUGUCCUUUAUGAUCCCCUCUUUUGUCCCCAAGAAUGACAUUACAAAUGUAAUGUUAUAAUGUGACUUUCCCCUAGUUUGAAUGGAGAAGUGGUUAACAGCAUUAACAUUGAAAGAAUUAACAGUGUAAUCUGGCAUCCACAGAAAAUGGUGUGGCAGUUUACAUCUCAGGGCUGUAGUAACAGGCUUUUAGCAAAUUGAGCCUGUUAUGUACACUAAUAAGUCUAGUCCAUGUUUUUAAGAGGACAAGUUAGAAACAGGCUUCUUGUUACCAGAGAAAAAUGUAAGCAAGCUCUUGAUCCAUGCUGUAGUUCAGAGAUCUGUUUACCCUGAUGAGACUUCCCUCUCUCGCUGCUUGAAUUUUGAGAAACAGUCUUCUGACUAAAGAGUUUGAGUUGCCAUAGAAAGAAGAAACCCAAGCUCUUUUGCUAGUUAUGUGCGUACAACUGUAGCAGAGAUGAUAAGCACGAGCUGCUUCGGAUGUUAGCGCAUUCUAACAAACUGCUCUGUAAUUGCCCAGAAAAGUUGGGAACCACCAAAGGAGACCGCUGACUUGUUACAGUGAAUUGUUGCCUUUAAUCCUAAUCGCUUGGUGGAAGUUGGAUUUGCAUUCUGCCUUUAUUCUUGCUUUAUCUGAAACUGACAGAUUAUUUUUCCUCCGAAAUAAUAAAAGGGCAAGAGUCUAUCUUCUGAUGUGGAAACUUUCUGACUGCCUCUGACCUGGAAUCCUGCAUAUGUACUUUUUACAGAUUAAAAAUAAUAUUGUAUAUAUAAAAAAAGAUUGAAUAAAGAAUGUCUUUAAG